CGCAACCAUUCCAAUUUCGAAUCUCAGCGCGGUCCCACCGGCUCGCGGGAGACGCACCCGUUUGCGCGCGAAAGUGACAGAACGUUUUGUUUUUAAUUUUAUACUUUUUAAAUAGACAAAAUGGCUGUUACUAGUGCCAGGAGCAUUGUGAAUUUGAAGAAGACCCACUUUGAACGUGAAAAUGCUAAGAUUGACAAAUAUACGCUCGCGGACGAGCUCCCGGCGCAGCUGUCGGAGCUGUCCCUGCGCCCGCGCAUCGCGCCGGAGAUGCCGCCCAAACUCGCCUACACGCUGCGCAAACUCACCACAGAUGACACGGAGCUGACACUCGCCUUCCUGAGACGGUUCUUCUUCCGCGACGAGCCCAUGAACCAAGCCGUCAAGCUGCUGGAGACUCCGGAGUCCCGUUGCCCAGACCUGGAAGAGUAUUCAGCUUCGUCGCUGUCUCAUGGGGUGUCCAUUGGAGCCUUUGACGACCUUGGCGAGAUGGUUGGUGUGAUAUUGAACGGCAUCGUUACGCGAGAGGAAGCAGACUACACGGACAAAUCCGAAGACUGCCCGAACCGAAAGUUCCGGCGGAUCCUCAAAGUGCUCGGACACCUGGACCGGGAGGCCAGGAUCUGGGAGAAGGUGCCUGAGGACUGCCACAAGGUGGUGGAGCUCAGGGUGGCGUCCACGCACUCGGCCUGGCGGGGGCAGGGCCUUAUGAGGAUACUUUGCGAGGAAACAGAACGAGUGGCCCGGGCGGUAGGCGCAGGCGCUCUCCGCAUGGACACCACCUCCGUCUACUCCGCUGCCGCUGCCGAGCGUCUUAACUUCCGCAAGGUGUACUCAGUCGCGUAUGCAGACCUACCCUACGCGCCUCAACCAGACGCCCCGCACUUGGAGGCUCGAGUUUACAUCAAGAACCUGUGAAGUGAUUUAUCGGACAACCUAAGCUACGUACUACCUUUAUCGGACAACAAACGCAAGAAUAGUGUGUAGGUGCACAAAAAUUUAGAAACUUGCAUGUUACCUGAAAUCGCAGGGAUUAGAUAGGAACUAGAAUACUAGAAUAGAAAUCGUAAAGAGAAGAGACCAGUCGAUUUGGUCUUAAAAUAUAAAUCCCAAAGUUUGUAUGUGAAGAGCCAGCUUUUUACCUUUUCCAAAGCUAAAAUUUUUGUAUUAAAGGAAAAAAUUGAAAAAUUUUCGCUUCCGGUCGCUUGCGGCUUUUUAAAUUUUUUAUGUUACGUGCAAAACUUUGUUCACGGAACACUUAUUUCCUUUAAUAUAAAAAUUUGUAGCAUGGCUCGCAAACGUAUCUGCUUGUUAAAAAUUUGGUCUAAAAUGUUUGUAUUUGUAUGUAUGUAUAACCAUUGUUUUCAUGAUAAUAAUAUUAAUUAAUAUCACCAAAUGUUUGCAUACAUACAUAUGUCAUACUAAAGUUGUUAAGCAAGGAAAACGAUAACUUUACAAUGACUGCUUGGAGAAUUUAAGUCAACGGGCUAUAUGAGAUAUGAGAUACACUCUAAAUCAAUAAUAACGGGACACUUCAUAUGUGAAUUCUAAGCAAAGUGACCUGGUAUAAUUGCUUUUGCGUGUAGACGGUGAAAAUUUAUGUAUAAAUGAAUGUGCAAUGUGAAUUUCAUUGGCUAGUCAAGUUAAUUUAUUUCAGGUACAUUUCGUAUUUUCCAAAAUGCAAUAAAAAAUGUGCAGGUAUUAUUCUGCGAUGAAAUGAAAAAUUAAACUGUGAUUUUUGUGAUUGGUUUGUAAAUAUAUUAAAUUUAAGAAGUAUUCGACUCUUGUUAAGCCUAAUAAGUCAAGAUAUUUCAGAUUAUUGCUUGGUCAUGAUUAAUUAUUUUAUUAUUCGACAAUCUCCAAAUAUUUAAGAUUAAUUAGGUUUUAUUUAAGUGAUAAUUUAGUAGUUCCUUUUAGUCAGUAAACGAGCAUGUCUAGGAUCACUUGAUAUAAGCGCAGCGCAAAAAAUAAAGAUUAGGAAAGAGCCUUAUUAAACCACCACCUAACAAGAACAUGGAUUUCGGAUGAAUACCGAUAAACUCUAUUUUAUUUAUUUGUAUAAAUUCCUAAAUGAUCAAUAAAGGUAAUUUAACCAAAGUCUUCCCUGGUUUCACCAUUUGAAUUUGUACGGUGAAUUGUAUUAAAUGAAAAUUUACAUUAAAAUUUGCUAGAAUAUUAUUUAUUUAUUCAUAUAAGCCUAAAGUGUCCCUCUGCUGGGUAAAGGCCUCCCUCCUCUCUAGAAUAGAAUAUAUUAAGGUGAUAUUAAACUAUGCUCUAUGUAACUUUAUUUAUUAACUAAGUAUAUACUAUAUUUAAGAAUAAAAUAAAGACAAAAUUAAUUGUACGACGUAUGAAGGAGGUCUGAACACUGUUCGUCAAUUUAUUCUCAAUUAUACAAAAAUAAUGUCAUGAAGUUAAUCUCAUUAUCUGUCAAUAAAAUAUGAUGAUAAUA